GGGAGGAUCACUGUACUGUUGUAAUAUUUCAUAACUAUUAGUGCUGGCUGGUUUUAUAGUUUAAUUCAUAUUUAUAGGUGUUAUUUACAAGGAAGGAAAUGUGGUUUAUUUAUUUGCUUAGCUGGUUGUCUCUUGUAAUACAGAUCUCUUUCGUCACUCUAGCGAUUGCUGCUGGCCUGUAUUAUUUGGCAGAAUUAAUAGAAGAGUACACAGUUGCCACCAGCCGAGUGAUAAAGUACAUGAUAUUGUUCUCCACAGGUGUGCUGGCAGGACUGUACCUGUUCGAGGGGUUUCCAGCGCUGAUGGUGGGUGUCGGCCUGUUCACUAACCUGGUGUACUUCGGCCUACUGCAGACCUUCCCUUACAUCCUGCUGACAUCACCCAACUUCAUCCUGUCAUGUGUGCUGGUGGUGUUGAAUCACUACAUGGCCUUCCAGUACUUUGCAGAAGAGUACUACCCUUUCUCAGAGGUGUUGGCCUACUUCACCAUCUGCCUGUGGAUCAUCCCCUUCUCUUUCUUCGUGUCGCUGUCUGCGGGGGAGAACGUGCUGCCCUCCACCAUGCAGCCUGGAGAUGACGUGGUGUCGAACUACUUCACCAAAGGGAAGAGGGGCAAGCGCUCCGGGAUACUGAAUGUCUUCUCCUUCCUGAAGGAGGCAGUUUUGCCCAGCAGGCAGAAGAUGUACUGAGCCCCCUACUGGUGGAGGCUAGGAGAGUGACAGGGGGUGCAGGACGGCAGUCUCGGUAGGGGGGGGGAUGACACCGCCCCAGCGCGGGGCCAAACGCUGCCGUGGGUGCGUCACACGUUUACUGGACCCCCCCCUAAUCCCC